UCGGCGAUUCUCUGCCCUCCUAUGGACGACGUGAGCCCCCUGUCCCCCAAGGCCAAUGCGUUCAGUAUCGCCUCUCUGAUUUCAGCCGCUGAGCGCGAGGGAAAAGGAGGCGGCGACGAAGAAGACGACGACGACAACGACGAGGAGGAGGUUGUAGUCGCUGCGCUGGACUCCGAGCCCAGCGCCGCCGCCGCCGCCGUCGGUGGGGGCCUCCGCAGACCCUACAGCCCCUCCGCUGUCGCCGCCGCCGCCGCCGCCCGGAGGAGGAUGCAUUUUAGCGCCGUUACCCGGGACAUGGAAGCCAUCUCCAGCCCUUGGCUCACGCAGCUGUCCCAUUUUUGCGACGUCGCCGCUUUCACGGCCAACAGCCUGAGCAGCCUCAACGCGUCGGCGGCGGCGGCGGCCGGCUACCACCACCUCUCGCCGUCGCCGGGGGACCCGUACGGGCAGCAUGAGGCGCCGCACUACGAGCCGUGCUCGGCGCAGCAGCAGCAGCAGCAGCAGCAACAUCCGCCGCCUCAGCCGCCACCGGCGCCGCAGCACCACCACGCCAGCCAGCAGCAGCAGCAGCAGCAGCAGCCGCAGCAGCUCGGUUACGCUUUCCCAGGCGGCUCCGGGGCCAACCCUCCGCCGCCGCCGCCGCCGGGCUCCGACACCCCCGAGAGCGGCGGAGGGGGAGGCGGCGGAGGGGGAUCGGCGCCGGCCUCGGCCAAGGCGCCCGUCAAGAAGAAUCCCAAAGUGGCCAACGUCAACGUGCAGCUGGAGAUGAAGGCGCUCUGGGACGAGUUCAACCAGCUGGGCACCGAGAUGAUCGUCACCAAGGCCGGCAGGAGGAUGUUCCCCACCUUCCAGGUGAAGAUUUUUGGGAUGGACCCUAUGGCAGACUACAUGCUCUUGAUGGACUUCGUACCGGUGGACGACAAGCGAUACCGAUACGCAUUUCACAGUUCCUCCUGGCUGGUGGCUGGCAAGGCAGACCCUGCAACUCCAGGGAGAGUCCAUUAUCACCCAGAUUCCCCGGCUAGGGGAGCCCAGUGGAUGAAACAGAUUGUCUCCUUUGAUAAACUCAAGCUCACUAACAAUUUAUUGGAUGACAAUGGACAUAUCAUUUUGAACUCCAUGCACAGAUACCAGCCCCGCUUCCAUGUGGUCUACGUGGAUCCUAGGAAAGACAGCGAGAAAUACGCGGAAGAGAACUAUAAGACUUUUGUCUUCGAAGAGACCCGCUUCACCGCAGUGACCGCCUACCAGAACCAUCGGAUAACCCAGCUAAAGAUUGCCAGCAACCCUUUUGCAAAAGGAUUCCGGGACUGUGACCCAGAAGACUGGCCCAGGAAUCACCGGCCUGGAGCCCUGCCUCUCAUGAGUGCUUUUGCCAGAUCUAGAAAUCCAGUAUCUUCCCCUGUGCAUCAGAAUGGGACCGAGAAAGACCAAUCCUAUGUGUGUGUACCCACAAGUAAGUCCUUCUGUGUUCAAUGGGACCUACUUCCAAAUGUGGCGGAGAGUCGGCGGGAAUACGAGAGGGACGCAGCCGGCGGGACGCCACUCCACGCAGACCCUGCUCACCAGCAGCUCAUGUCCCGAGUGUUGAGCCCAGCGCUCCCUGUGCCCGGUGGAGGGGGUCUGGUCCCCCUCACCAGCCCGGCAGGAAGCCGGCCCAGCCCCCCACACCACGAACUGCGGCUGGAGCCAUCCGCUUCGGAGCCCCUCCACCACCACCCCUACAAGCACCCGGUCUCUGCCUACGACCAUUACCUGGGGGCGAAGAGCAGGCCAGCCCCCUACCCUUUGCCCAGCAUCCGGGGACACGGUUACCACCACCACCACCACCACAUGAAUUCGGCGGCUGCCGCUGCAGCAGCAGCUGCCGCUGCAGCCAACAUGUAUUCCACUGCCGGAGCUCCCACCAGCUAUGACUAUGGACCAAGAUAACCUUCGAGACGCGAGGUCCUCUAGCUAUAUGACUGGCUAUCUGCAUGGGUUUGAACGGCUCAGUAGCAUACGUUUUCAGAGAGCACUAUCUUGUCGAAAGAACUCGCCCCAUCCCCUUGUCUCACCUCCCCGCAAAAAAACCCCCAAACCCUUCCCUGUUUCCAUGAGGGAGUCCUUUGUCUCUUGCACACGCUUCCUACUCCUCGAUGCCUUCCCUUCUUGCACCGUUGGAAUCGUCCUUCAUGACUUGGUUUCCUUCCUCGUCCCGGAGGAGGAAAUGAUCGGCCUGCUUCACUUGGCAUGCGUGAUGGAUGGAUGGAUGGAUGGAGGUUGGGACUUUACUCGGAGCAUUUUGGAGGGCACCACCAUUCCCGACACAGUGAUUGGCAGCUGCACUUUCCUCCCCUCCUCCCUUUGCUUUAUAAAUGAAGCCAUAUGUUGUUCUGUUGCCCUCGCUGCUGCUGCUGUCAUCAUAAUAACCUUUUAGUGUUUAUGCAGUUAUUUAGCUGCUCAGAGUGCUUGCUGGAUGCUACUUACAGCACCGCCACGGUGUAGGUGGGUCAGGGGAUCGUGCCGGCACUGCUGUGAACCUAAAGCGUGAGCAUCAGAACAGCUCGGUUUUUACUUUUGCCUAAAUUUUAGCUUGCCUUCCUUACCAAUCUAAGGUAGGUGACAAGCUUUAUCUAUCAGCUGAUAUAGGCAGAUGCCAACCUUCCCCAAGCUGGUGCGCUCUUAAGUGAUUUGGACUACAACUCCCAUCAGCCUCGGCACGGAUGGGAGAAUUAGUCCAGGACAUCUGGAGGGCAUUGGCUUGGGGAAGGCAGGUGCAAAUCCAUUAGUCAGUGUAACAGUGAGGAAGGACCAUGGCUCAGUGCAGAAGGCCCCCAGGUUGCAUCUCAGAUCAGAGGGCAGGUUAUGAGGAAAGCCUCUACCUCUGAGACCCUGGUGAGCUGCUGCCAGUCAGUGUAGACCAGGCAUGGCCAAACUUG